AUGGCCUACCCUAGAGUUGGUGCCACCACCAUAACCACCGGCGUCAUCACGGUUGACUGCCAAAAACAAGUCCGGUCAUGGCGGCUUCUUCGCUCUCUCAUCGAAGUUCUAAUCCCAACUUGCAAUUGCACCUUCGUAGAAGAUGAUCUUCAUCAAGAAAAUCUAGACACCAAACAACAAAGCCACGUCAACAGAUACUACUGUCCCCAGCCAAGCUUUGCUUGUUCCAACAACAUCAUAAUCGGCACCAUAUUCGGAUACCGAAGAGGGAAAGUCAGUUUCUGUAUCCAAACAACCUCCCAGUCCAACCCAAUUCUCCUUCUCGAGCUAGCCUUGCCCACAACCGUUCUAGCCAAAGAAAUGCAAGGUGGGUUUCUUAGAAUAGCGCUCGAGGCAGCUACUGAUCCAAAUAGUUCUUCUAACUCUCUUUUGGCCACGCCUGUAUGGACCAUGUAUUGCAAUAGUAAAAAAGUUGGGUAUGCAAUCAAGCGCAAGCCUUCAAAGCAUGACAUGGAAGCACUGAGGCUGAUAGGAUCAGUUGUGGUGGGUGCUGGGAUUAUUAAUGGGAAUAAAGAGCUGAAUAAUUAUAGGGAGGGUGAUGAGAUUAUGUACCUGAGAGCCAAUUUUCAGCGAGUUUGUGGUUCAGCUAAUUCUGAGUCCUUUCAUUUGAUUGAUCCAGAGGAGAGUAUCGGCCAGGAGCUCAGUAUUUUCCUUUAUCGGUCAAGAACAAACAUGGUCAAUCUCAGCGAAGUCAUUGGACUUCGCCCAUUGAUUCUAAAACAGGAUGAUGGUGGCAUCGCUGCUCCGUUUAAUCAGCUCCGCAGCGGAGACUGUUGA